AUGGGCUCCUCAAUGCAAGAAUCAAAGCCCAAGAUGACCCGGGUCCUAGCCCUCCACGGCUACGGCACCAGCGGUGAAAUCUUUCGAUCACAAACAGCCGCAUUCCGCCUCAAACUCCCCAAAGAAACCUACACCUUCACCUUCCCCAACGCGCCCCUGCCCUCGGCCCCGACCGUCGGCGUCGACAGCAUUUGGAACCAAACCCCCAAAUUCUACGCCUGGUGGCCAGCCCAGUCCUCCAACACCUCAGAGAUCCGGGCCUCGCACGACCACCUCGAAGAAAUCUUGGCUUCAGAAAAAGAACCCUUCGACCUCGUCAUGGGUUUCUCCCAAGGCUGCUCCCUAAUCAUGUCCUACAUCCUCUACCGGUACCAGGAACACGUGCUUACCCGACCACCCGGAGAAAAAUUUGAACUGCCGUUCAAGGGGGUGAUGUUCAUCUGCGGUGGGCCGUCGUUGCCGGUGCUCCAAGACUUGGGCGUGAAAGUGAGCGUAAGGGCGUGGGAUGUGAAUAACGCCACGGCUGCCUUGCUGCACAAGCGCACGGAGAAGUUGAAGUUCAAGGCGGAUAAUCCUGAUACGAUUAAACGGGGCGAGGGGCUGUGGGAUGAGGUGGGGGAUUUGCUUCAUGAUCCGACGUCCAAAAGGAAAGUGGAUCCGAGAGAUGUGUUUGGGUUGGAUUUUACGGACCAGAAUAUGAGGAAGGCGGUGGGCGAGUUGGGAGAGAUCGUGCCGACGGUGCAUGUGUAUGGUGGCAGGGAUCCGAGGUGGCCGGCGAGCGUGCAAUUGGCGCAGUUGUUUGAGGGUGGGAUGAAUGAAAGGUUUGAUCAUGGCGGUGGUCAUGAGUUGCCGAGGACGACGGAGUGUUCGGUGAGGAUGGCGGAGUUGAUGGAGAAGUUGAGGAGGAGGGUUGAGGGUUUGGAGGGGGAGGAGUUGAGGAAUUAG